UUUCAAAAAUGUGAAAACUGCAGUUUUAAGAUUAGAUCUUAAUUUUUCAUAUACAUUAAAGAAGUCAAAACAAUAAGAAGCAAGUGAAACUGGAGAUUAACUUGACUUGGCAAUCCGCACUAAUAUUUAACAGCUGAUUAUUAAAAAAAUUUCUAAGCAAUUAAGGAAAAAGUAACUGUUGAAUAACAUUUACUUUGGCUGUUAAAUCAUGACUGAAAAAGUGGAAAACUCUAAUGACAUAAAGUUUGUAUUAAAAGACUCAUGGUCGAUAAGACCUUGUUCAGUUUACAAAGAUGAAUAUGAUGAUUGCACAAGCAUAAAGGCCAGAUUUCAUCAAUAUUUUAUACACGGAGAAAGUAUAGAUUGUACGCAGUGGCAUAAUGACUUUCGAAAUUGCGUACAAUAUGAAGAAUCAAAAGGCAAUGAUUUAACGGCCGGGCAAGCCGUGAUUAAUAGCGAAGAGGAAAGACGUUUAAUACGUUUUAAAGGUCACUACGGCAAUACAGUUUGGAAAAAACGUAAACAUCCCCCUGAAGAUUGGUCUAAACCGUUACCAGAUUGGUUAGAAAAAAGAUAUGAGAAUUCGUACUUGAGCUUAAAAAUGGAAACAGAAAGCAAAAUUCCUAAACUAGAAGAUGAGAAACAAUACUGUUUAAUUAUGUAAAAAAGAUAAAAGAAAAAAGCAACAAUGUAGACAAACAUAGAGCACCAAUUACAGUUUAACUUUUCACUUAAUCUAAUACUUUCUCAAU